CGUCGUCGUCAUGGCCAUGCUGACGUGGACAGGGCGCAGCAUCACGCAGCUGUCGCUGCAUCGCCGCCGGACCAACAUCGGCAACCUCGAGUACGGCCUCGAGCAUGUGCCGUUCGUGCUCAUGCACGUGUACAACCUCAUCUGGUGCUACCAGACAAUCGGUCAGCCGUACUCGAUUGCGUUGGAGGAACUGGAGGAGUCAGGAUUUGACAUUCAGCGCAUCCUGAACCCCCCGACAGAAGAAGUGUUGACGGGCCUUGCUGCGUCAGCGCUUUCGGCGGCCGCUGCAAGUGAUAGCUCUGCCGGACAUGACGACGUGCAGAUUCCCCCGCUGCCGAACCCGUUCUUACCAGGGAUCGUCCCGUUGCUCUGUCUCCUCGCCAUCCUCUGCUUGCACAUCCUCAUGCGUCUGAUGCAAGUGUGGUCGACGCGUGUACUCACCUUCAUCAAGUACACGCCCGUGACCACAUUGUCCGACGCGACCUUUGUCAAGGUCGUUCCUCGAGCAUACCGUGGGAAGAGUGUCAUCGUGCCGCUCGAACAGCAUGUGCUGAGCACGGGCGAGAAGAGCGCACCUUUCUUCAUGUUUCAGAAGCACAAGUACGUCGGUGAACUGUCCAAGGAUGACGGCACGAUUUGCUUCCGCAAGCUGAAGGCGCCAGUCACCGACUCCGUCGCCACGUAUGUCAACGCAACGGGCAUCCCCAACGAAGCCGUGUACGGCCGCUUGCUGGACUUAUACGGUCGCAAUGAAUUCAGCAUCCCGCAGCCCACGUUCAUCAAGAUGUACCAGGAACAGCUCGUGGAGCCGCUUACGGUAUUUCAGAUCUUCUCCGUGCUGCUGUACAUGUUGGACGAGUACUGGCAGUACUCGCUCUUCACACUCGUCAUGAUCCUCAUGUUCGAGGGGGUCACGGUGUUUUCCCGCCUCAAAAACCUCCAGACACUGCGCGGCAUGGGCAACGCGCUUCGCAACGUGUUUGUGUACCGCAACCAUGCGUGGGUCGAAGUGUGCACGUCGUCGCUCGUGCCUGGAGACGUCGUCUCGCUCAAGCGCAAUGUCGAAGGCGACAACACGGUCCCGUGCGAUUGCUUGCUUUUGCAAGGGAAUGCCGUCGCAAACGAAGCUACGCUGACCGGUGAAAGCGUCCCUCAAAUGAAGGAAGCGAUCGGGCAAAAGAUGAGCGCAGAAGACUUGGCCGCGUCACUCGACAUGAAGGCCGGUCACAAGGUCCAUCUGCUCUUUGGCGGCACCACGAUCAUGCAGCACGACGGCCGGACCAACGCGACCCAAAGCGGAGUCCCGUCGACUCCGGACAACGGCGUCCUCGUCUACGUCUUGCGGACGGGGUUCAGCGCCUCCCAAGGCAAGUUGGUUCGCAUGAUCGAAUACUCGAGUGGGAAAGUGACGGGCAACACGUGGGACGCGGUCGGACUCGCGGCGUUGCUGGUCUUUUUCGCCCUCGCGAGUUCGGGCUACGUAUUGCGCGAAGGGAUCGCGCGCAAGGGUCGGGUCACGUUUGAGCUGAUCCUUCGCUGUGUCUUAAUCAUCACGAGCGUCGUCCCGGCGGAACUCCCGAUGCAGACCGCGAUGGCGGUGAACACGGCGCUGCUGGCGCUUGUCCGCCUCUCCAUCUUUUGCACGGAACCAUUUCGCAUAUCCCUCGCUGGCAAAGUCGACAUUUGUUUGUUUGAUAAGACGGGUACGAUCACGACGGACCAACUCACUGCCGUCGGCGUUGUGUCCAACGAUCGAAAGCAGAACGAAUCGAAAGCCGUGUUGCCGCAUCAGCCCAUGCUCCAGUCGCACGUCGAUGCGUGCCUCGUCCUCGCGGGCUGCCACUCGCUCGUCGAGAUCGAUGGCAAGAUGAUCGGGGACCCCGUGGAAGAAGCGUCGCUUCGCGCGAUCGAUUUCACGUACGACCCCAAGACCAAGCAAUGCACUCCCAACGCCAAGAGUUCCGAGCGCGGAUGGGACCCGACCGUGAUCGACACGAAAGGCGUCAAAGUGCACAUUUUGCACCGUAACCACUUUGCCUCGAAGCUCCAGCGCAUGAGUGUCGUCACGCGCAUCCAGUUUGGCGGCCUCGGCGCCACCCGCCUUCGCGUGCUGGUCAAGGGCAGUCCGGAAGCCAUCUCCAAGCUGACCAAGGACUUGCCUGCGUGGUUCUGGCCCACGUACGAAGAUAUGGCCCGUCGUGGCAUGCGCGUCCUCGCCCUGGCGUUCCGCGAUGUUGAAGGCAGCAUGUCGGAGCACGACGUAGCGCACAAACCCCGCGAGUGGGCCGAAAGCAACCUCACGUUUGCCGGGUUUGCCGCCUACCAGUGCCUGGUGCGCAAGGACAGUGCGGACAUCCUCAAGCAGCUCAAGGAGAGUUCGCACACGGUGGCCAUGAUUACGGGGGACUCGACCUUGACUGCGGUGCACGUGGCCAAAGAAGUCGGGAUCAUCACGCGUACGGCGCUCAUGUUGUCCGGCAGCGACGUGUUGUUUGAAUGGAAGAACUCGGCCGACGACGUGCCUGUUGCGGCCUACGGCAGUCAGUCGGUGGAAACCUUGGCGAAAACGUACGACUUGUGCAUGGAUGGUGCAGCGCUCGUCCGCGCGGAGGAAGUGAAUGGUGGUGUUUGGAAGAACUUGGAGCUCAUCCGCGUGUUUGCGCGCAUGACGCCGGAGCUUAAGGAACGUGUGCUGACGUCAUUGAAGAGCUGCGGCCACUUCACGCUCAUGUGCGGUGACGGUGGGAACGACGUGGGGGCGCUCAAACAAGCGCACGUUGGUGUUGCGUUACUCAGCGGGUUCGGCUCAGCCAACGCCGACAAGACGAUCACGGGCGUGGUGGCGAAGGAGAAGAAGGUUGAGACCGUCGCAGUCGUCGAAAAGUUGUCCAAGGAAGGUCUGCUGAAGCUCCAUGCAUCGGUGCUCAAGAAGAAGCUCGUGGCCCUCAAGGUCGACCACGAUCAUGUGACGGAAAAAGAACAAUUGGUGGAACUCUUGCUGUCAGCACAAGCCAAGUCCCAGAAGAAGCUGAACCCAUUUGGGCCACUCACGCCUGAACAGCGCAAGUUGGUGCAGCAGCAGCAACAAGAAGAGAUCGAGCUCGACGUCAAGGCACGAGAAGCGCGCGGCGAGUCCUUUGCUCGCAUCAAAGCGUUGGCCGCGUUUGCCCAGCGCCAAAAAGAAGCAGCGACGGCAUACCAAAACGAACGCAAGGCCAAGGGCGGCAGUCAGUUUACGCAGUUUGCCAACAACGCCGUCAUGGCGCAGUACAUGGAAGACUUUGACGAAGGCGAGCUGCCCAUGGUGAAGCUCGGGGACGCCUCGAUUGCAUCGCCAUUUACGAGCCGCGCGCCGUCCAUCAAGGGGUGUGUCGACAUCAUUCGCCAAGGCCGAUGUGCGCUUGUCACGACCGUCCAGAUGUACCAAAUUCUGGCCGUCAACUGCCUCAUCAGCUCGUACUCGCUGUCCGUGCUGUACCUGGACAAGGUCAAGUACGCCAAUUCGCAAAUGAUUGCGCUCGGGAUGAUGGGCACGGUGGCAAGUGUGACGCUGUCGCGAGCGACGCCGCUGGCCGAGCUCAGUUCGGUGCGGCCGAUCUCGUCGAUCUUUCACCCGGCGCUGUUUUCGAGUUUGGUCGGGCAAUUUGCGCUCCACCUGGGCGUGAUGGUGUACUCGACGAACCUAGCCAAGGAGUACACGGUCGAGGGCGACACGCGGCAUCAGUCGCACAUCAAACCCAACUCGUUUGAGCCGAACGUGAUGAGUACCGUCAUUUUCCUCGUCAACGGCAUCCAAACGAUCAGUGUGUGCGCCGUCAACUACAAGGGCCGCCCGUUCAUGAAGAGCAUGACGGACAACCCGGGUCUGCUCUACUCGCUCGGCGUGAGUCUGGUCGGCGUGUUUUUGCUCUGCACGGAAGCCAUGCCACUGUUCAACAAGGUGCUCGAGAUCGUGCCCAUGCCGGACCCGCGGUUCGCCCAGAUUCUGACGGGCAUCUUGACGCUCGACGUCGUUGGCGCGUUUGUAUGGGACCAGCUUUGCCUGCUCAUGUUUGCGCCCAAGAUUUUCAUCGCGUCGUUCCAGUCGAUCACUGGUCGCGACGUCAAGCAAAUGGUCAAGAUGCUCGUGAUCGCGCUCAUCAUCAUCUACAUCGUGGCCAACAUCGACUACGACGAGAUUGAGCGCCAGCAGCAGUUGGCGGAGCAAGCCGCCAAGGCCGGGACCCCCUUUGUCGAAACCAUUUCAAGUUGAAUUUGGUUGAUGGAGAUAGAAAAAGAGGACGACGUGUGUGUCCAUGAAAUGAACUUUGCAUCGAACGAUGCGUUCUUGUUCGAUCCUUCCAUCUCGCCCGACGGCAUCACUGCAUCACGUCCGAGUCGG